UGGGCGGGGCGCGCACCCGGAAGAGCCGAGGACCGAGCAGCGCAACAGGCGGCGGCCGAGGGGCUGCGGCCCGGAGCGGCCCGGGAUGGACAAGCUGAAGAAGGUGCUCAGUGGGCAGGACGCCGAGGACCGGGGCGGCCUGGCCGAGGUGGCUGACACAUCCUCACUGAGCUGGAAUACCAGAAUCAAAGGCUUCAUUGCGUGUUUUGUUGCAGGAAUUCUCUGCUCUCUGCUGGGCACGCUUCUGCUCUGGGUGCCGAGGAAGGGGCUGUACCUCUUCGCCGUGUUUUAUACCUUUGGUAACAUCGCUUCGAUCGGGAGCACUGUCUUCCUCAUGGGGCCCAUGAAACAGCUGAAGAGAAUGGUGGAGCCCACGCGUUUGAUCGCAACCAUCAUGGUGCUGUUGUGUUUCACGCUCACCCUGUGUUCUGCCUUUUGGUGGCACAACAAGGGGCUCGCCCUCAUCUUCUGCAUUUUGCAGUCUUUGGCCCUGACGUGGUAUAGCCUUUCCUACAUACCAUUCGCAAGGAAAUUCCUACUCCAUUCAACGCCCUCAUUCCCACCGCUGGUCAGGAGUGAGUGGGGACACCCCUUUUCACAGAUGAGACAUUUGCAACUCAAACAAGGGACGCUGUGAAGAAGUGCUUUUCUGCGUGUCUGGAGUAACGGACGGCCGGUUUCGCAAAGCUUUGGGCGGCGCUGCGGAAGGAAGCUGGCGGACACUUUGUAAAUACCUUCGAACCUCUCGCUCACGGAACCUGCCUUUCCUCCUGCGGCAGCGGGUUCCCGCGACCUGAACGUGUACGGACGCUCUGGGAGGCAGCGCUGUGUCCCCAGCCCCAGGGUCUAGCACAGCAGGAGGGGUGGGCAUGUGCCUUCCGGAGAGGACUCUUCCUCACACCCUCCUGAACUCUCCGAAUUCUCAUAAACGAACACCGAGAGCAGCCAGCAGCCGAGGGAGCCAGGAUUGCCGGCUGGUGAGGCAGCCCCUCCCCCCCCCCA